UCAUUUUACGACGACCAAGUGCUUUGAAUGCUACAUUUUUCAAAAGUUCUCCCCGCGUAGAAUGAAUAGAAGCAGUUUAGUUUCCACGACAAUAUUCCACGUUCACCACACAAGACAACAGCUUGCAACUUUAUUUAGCUAUUACGUCAUCGAUCAUGUUAGAGUGGAUGAGUGCGUGCGCGGCUGUUAGUUUGUCCCUCAGUCUUUUGUUACUACUAAUACUAGCAACUUACUUUCUCUACUCGGGACUUUUCGCACAAGUUAUUAUAUUUACUGGUUAUCCCCCUAUAAAGAAUGUCACGUUUGUUUACAAACUCCAAGAAGGACCACACAAAAACCGCGCAGAACUUUUUAAGGAGGCGAGCAGAAUCGGACCGAACACUUUUUGCAUGGGGGUAUUUUAUGAUGAUCCCAAAAAGGUGUCCGGACAUCAGUGCCGCUAUGCAGUGGGAAGCAUUGUGAGCGAAGGAAAGGACAAGGUUGAUGAGGACCUUUUGAAGCUCUAUGAGACGUCUGGCUUUCAUGUCUUCUCCUUUCCUGAAGUCACACACGUGGUCAUUGCCUCCGUCCCUCACAGGAACUUUCUCUCUGUCCUCCUGGGAGUAAAACGAGUUUAUCCUCGACUAGAGCGCUACAUCAAGGAAAGGAAACUGUGUGCUCAUCCGUUCCUGGAGAUCUACAGGGAAGGUUUGAUCCACUUCAUGGCUCCUUUGGCUCGCCAAGGAGACUUUUAUGUUCCGGAAGUCCGUUUGGUGAAAAAGGAGCAUGAAGAGUUUGACAGCGACACGGACGUCUCAGGUGCGGACUCCAACAGCGAGUGCAGCUCAGGUGUUCUCCUGUCAGACAGCAGAGAGACGUCAUUGUCCUCCGUCCGCUCAGAGUCCGUCCAGGAUCGUGAGGACAGAAGUCCUGGAGGAGCAGGAGCCUCACGGGGACGCUCGUUUAGGGGACUGAACUGGGAACAAACUGAGCGAGAAGACGAAAGAUUAGAGCAGCUUCCAAAACACAACGCUAACUUGUAUGGGCUUGUUGGCGGCGAGGAGUGAUGGAAAUUAAAAUGUUUUUUUUUUACCACAA